UAUGAAGCUUCAUGCUCCAAAGGAAAUUGAGUGUGAUGUGUGUGGUAAAAGCUUCACCUUCAAACAACAGCUGGACUCCCACCUGAAGCAGCAUCUGUACCCACACAUUCCUCUGUAUAGACAGGGAGAGGCCAGGCUGCUGUGUUCAGAUGCAGCUAAGAUUGUGGCAAAGGCCCCCAGCAAAGCAGUAGACCCUGGAUGGCUGGAUCCCGAAAAGGCAGAGGUGGCUGCCAAGAAAUCUGGAGGGGAAAUGUGGAAAGGGCAGUUCGUCAUCACAUUCGGCAAGUAUGCUGGACAGUCAUUCAGAUGGCUGCUUGAAAACGAUGUCGGCUGGGUGGUAUGGUUGCUCUCUGAAUAUUGCCAGAAGGGUGAGAAGAAUGAGCUUCUUAAAUGGCAAAAGGAGCGAAUGCUGGAGUUUGUUCGAGGGUUCCCUUCUGUCACAUGUCAUCUUGACAAGAGGCUGGAGAAACAGGAAUCAACAAAACAAAAGGUGGCUGAAUCUUCUGUUUCCGAGUUACAGCAGGAACCUGGCUAUGCGAGUGAUGCUGAACUGUUGGCUGCUGCUGAACAAGUCCUUGACGAGUCUGAGGUGCCGGUCUCUACACAGCUUACCACCUGGGGAGAGCUUGCUCCAGCUGUGACUCAGGACUCUUCCAACAGGCCCAGCACAUCUCAGGGAUGGCCCUCAUCCACAGCAGAGAGCUCUGCUUCAGAAUCCAGUGGCAUCGUGCUGGAGGGUUGGCAGAAAUACUGGGAGCAGCCACUUGCAUCUGCCCAAGCCCUUGGUAUAGCCCCUCCUAACAUCAGGUGGCUAAAAUACGAUGAGAGGUAUGGUCUCUUUGAUGGCUCAUCUAAGUAUAAAAACAUAAAGGGUGAGAUAGUGGAGAGGAAACUCUUAAAGGAGAAGAUGGAGUUCCACCCGCCUCCUCCUCCUGUAUCUGUCAAGGGAGCAGUACCCAACAUGAUGGCCUUUUUUACCACCCCUGCUUUCUUCUGGCGGCCAGUUGGUGUGAUGAAAGCCAAGAUCUGCUGCCCCAACACCAACUGCCCUGCACCGCCAGGGGAAUACCUGGAGAAGAAAGGCUUUGGCAGUUACGCUAGGCAAGUGUGUGGGAUGAUGUAUAAUUACACCCUGUUGACAGAGAAACUAAAAUGUUCUCACUGUGAAAAGAUGAGGCAGGCAGUGAGCAAGACGCACGGUGAUGCAGACUGUGACGAGGAGGAGGAGGAGGAGAAUUCACAUCACAUGCAACAGUACAUGUGGUUGGCACACAGUCCCAAGAUUCUGAUGAACCUUGCCCCAGCCAUCAGAAGCAUGUUUCCUGCCAUUCUGUGUGGGAAGCGUGCUAUUGACAGAGGUGUCGUCACCCUGCUGAGUGACGGCUCAAUGCUGUGUCCAUGA